UAUGGUGGAAACUUCGGUCCCCUUAGUCUAAUCUAAAGCAUAGUGUAGGACAACUUUAUAAAAUUGAAAUUUAAGGUGUGUUCUUUGACUUGUGUAGAUAUCUCUCUCAAUAAAUAUAUAUUGCUGUCCAAAUUCACUCCUCAUAAGCCAACCCUUUAGACCAUUUUUCAAAAUCCUUGAGAGAGAAAAUCAAGAGAGAGUAGGAGGGAAAAAAAAAUUAAGAUCAAGAAUUAUGGGAAGAGCUCCAUGUUGUGAUAAGGCAAAUGUGAAGAAAGGGCCAUGGUCACCUGAAGAAGAUGCAAAAUUAAAAGAGUAUAUUGAGAAAUUUGGUACUGGUGGAAAUUGGAUUGCUCUUCCACAAAAAGCUGGGCUAAGAAGAUGUGGGAAAAGCUGCAGAUUAAGAUGGCUAAAUUAUCUUAGGCCAAACAUUAAACAUGGAGAAUUCUCAGAUGAAGAAGACAGAGUCAUUUGCAGCCUUUAUGCUAACAUUGGAAGCAGGUGGUCAAUAAUAGCAGCUCAAUUACCAGGCAGGACAGAUAACGAUAUCAAGAACUAUUGGAACACAAAGCUCAAGAAGAAAUUAAUGGGAUAUGUCUCUUCAUCUCACAAAAUUAGGCCUCUUAAUCAUCAUCAUCAACACCAAAUUAUAACCAAUGCUUAUAAUAAUAAUUAUUGCCAACAACUUUCACUUCUUCAAGCUUCAUCCUUAUUAGUCUCAUCAAACUAUAACAACAACAACACCACCUUUCCAUGCUAUGAAACCAAUAUUCCUACAAUCCCAUCAAGUAGUACUAUCUUGAACACUGCUGCAUCCGCUAGUUGUACCUCAAACAUUAGUGCUAGUACUUCCCCUGGUCUCCAAAUUCAAGAAAAUAAUUUUGUGGGUCCUACUACUUCUGAUGAGAGUUAUGGUGUUUCAAAUUUGGAUUUUCAUAACUAUAUGUAUAAUGGUGUUAUUGGUGAAGAAGCAGAAGAUCAGAGUAAUUCAAAGUUCUUGAUUAAUGAAGGUGGAGGAAAGUUGAUUAGUGGAAAUGGUUGUUAUGUUGCACAACAAAAUCCAGUAGAUUAUAGUAGCUUGGAGGAGAUUAAGGAACUAAUUAGUACUAAUCAUGUUACAUGUAAUAACAAUAGCUUGUUCCUUGACGAGAUCAAGACAGAAGAAAAAUUCAUGAUGUACUAUUGAUGUACAAGUCAGAAGAUUUUUCAAUUUGGUAAAAGUAGUUGUUUUUUUGACAGUA